GAAAUUGAAAAUUCUCAGAUUUUCGUUCAAAUUUUACCCAUUUCACGUGAUUUUAUUCGUGUAACGACACGUAAAAAUGUAUUUCAUCAUAUUCUACUUGUUGAUAAUCGUAUUCGUGAUACUCUUGGCACGAUGUAUUUACCUAAUCUUGGAUCGAAAAAAUCGGUGUAUCUCAGCUCACGACGAGAAAACCAAAUGCAAAACUUUAAUCGUAAUCGGUUCCGGAGGCCAUACCACUGAAAUUGUUCGAAUAGUGAAACGCCUGAACCCUACUAUAUUCACUCCUCGAAUUUACGUCGUAGCCGAAUCGGACGAUAAAAGUAACGUAAAGAUACACGAAACCGAAGGCAUUUUCUCUUCGAAAGGAGAAUAUCGUAUCGUGAAGAUCCCUCGAAGUAGAAAAGUUCACCAGUCUUAUAUUUCAUCAGUUUUCACCACAUUGUACGCGAUUUUAUAUUCUAUUCCGGUGGUAUUAUUACAUAAACCUGAGCUGAUCUUGUGUAAUGGUCCUGGUACUUGUAUACCCAUCUGUUUAGUUGGGUUUUUGAGUAGAAUGUUGUAUUUAUCCGAUAAUGUGAUCGUAUUUUUCGAAAGUAUUUGUCGAGUGAAGACAUUAUCAUUGAGUGGUAAAAUAUUACAGUUUUUCGCCGACCGGAUCAUCGUCCAGUGGCCGGAAUUAAAGCUGAGUUGUAAACAAGCUAUUUUCAUAGAAGAUUUAAAACUAUAAGGGAUUUUUUCAUGCACUUGUGUUUGUGAUCGUCUUUCAAUGUUUGUGAUAUUAAUUUUUAGAAAAUCGCACCUAUUCUUAAUUAUAUUCUAUUUGUAUACUUA